AUGGCCAGUCGUGAUAGUACUGCGACCUCUUGGAAAGUCUUCGAACCACCUGCUUGGAAGCCGAAUGCAAGCAAAUCACAAGAAGAGAAUAUUUCAAGUUUCUUGUUAUAUUUUGCCGAUGUUACACAGAAGAUGAACAAUCAUCUGGCCUUAAUGCAACAAGGUACCUCUAAGAUGGAGCGCAAAAUGGAACAAGGAGAACUGAGCAACAAAAGAAAGCGAGAGGUUGGUGGUGAUGAGCGUGAACAGAAAGUAAUUGUGUUUGAAUCAAAUAGUGAUGGAGAUAAAGUCGUGAUUGAGGAAGAAGGUGGGACCGAAGAAGAAAGCGAAAGUGAGGAAGAGGUUGAAAGUGACCUAAAUUCUGAUUCAGAAACCAAGACUGAAGAAGAAGUUGUUCCAAAAUCAGAUGCAUCAUUUGAAUCAGACAAUGGUUCAGAUUUUGGAAACUAUUCUGAUGAUGAUGAUGACAAUGAUAGUGGUUCUGAUUCUGAUUUUGGGAAACACUAUGAAGAUGAAGGAACAAGCGAGGAUUCUGAUAUGUACAGAAGGAAAAGUCCAUGA